AAUAUCGGAACGGAUACGGCAUCGCUCAAGAAGCUGGCAUUCCGACUACUGUUUUUAAUAUAAUAAUUUUAAUAUAAUAAAUAAUAUAUAACAAUGAAUAGCCAUUGGUUUGCGCUGCGUCCACUAAUGAGGGCUAAUCAGCGACGCUUUGCCGCAAAGCUGACCGACCACCAGACGGAAAUGAUGGCGCGCGGUCUGCCCAAAAGGGAGAAACUGAUUGGGGUCGAGGAUAUUAUAGUCGUAGCGUCUGGAAAAGGGGGAGUAGGAAAAAGUACGGUCGCAGCUAAUUUUGCCUGCAGCCUGGCCAAGCUGGGAAAGCGUGUGGGUCUGUUGGAUGGGGAUAUUUUUGGUCCGAGCAUUCCUCUUUUAAUGAAUGUGCACAGCGAGCCCCUUUUGAAUAGCCGGAACCUAAUGAUUCCGCCUCAAAAUUACAACGUAAAGUGCUUGUCAAUGGGCAUGCUUACGCCACCCGAUGCAGCAAUCAUUUGGCGCGGGCCCCUGGUCAUGUCAGCCGUACAGCGCCUACUGAAGGGAGCCGAAUGGGGCCCGUUGGAUGUUUUGGUCAUAGACACCCCUCCGGGCACGGGAGAUGUUCAUCUCUCCCUAACGCAGCAUGCACCCAUCACAGGUGUUAUUCUGGUGUCCACACCGCACGCCGCGGCCGUGGAGGUUACUCUGAGAGGUGCGAAGAUGUUUGAAAAGUUGAAUGUUCCCAUCUUUGGUCUGGUUGAGAACAUGAGGUUCUCCAUCUGCGGCAACUGCAAGCAGCGCAUAGAAUUUUUCAAAAAUGCUACCACCGCAAAGUCGCUUCCUGUCACGCUUAUAUCCUUACCACUGGACGCUCACAUAGCCGAGUGCGGGGAGGAAGGUGUGCCUGUCGUUAUAAAAUACCCAGAUACCGACUAUUCCACAAUCUUUACUCAACUGGCUAGACACAUUCUACAAGUUAUAGAGGAGCGGAAGGUCGCUUCACGUUAAGAUGCGAAAUCUUGAUGGUAGUUAUAUGAUAUACGUGUUAACAAAACAAAAUCAGUGAAAAACAAAGCUGUGCAAUAGAUUUAUUUAUUUUUCUU